CACUCGGUCGGAGGCUUCGGCAAACAUCGUCGUCCGUCGUUAAAUGAAACUCGGUCAAGGAUGGAGGAAGAGGCACGCAAGCUUCUCGAGGAAGGAAUAAUAAAGAAAUUGAUCAGUCCUGGGAAAGGAGAGCUGUCGACCUUUCCCAAUGGAACCAAGGUGGUCUUCCACUACCGCACCAGCCUGUGUGAUGGCAAAAUGCUGGAUGACUCCAGAACCAUGGGGGGCCGCAGCAAACCCAUGGAGCUCAUCUUGGGCAAGAAGUUCAAACUAGCUGUGUGGGAGAGAGUGGUCAUCACCAUGAAACAAGGAGAAGUUGCAGAAUUUACCUGUGACGAUAAGCACACAGCACUUUAUCCGCUUGUGUCCCAAUCGCUGAGAAACAUCAGUGCUGGUAAGGACCCCCUGGAAGGCCAGAGGCACUGCUGCGGCAUUGCUCAGAUCCACUCCCACCACUCUCUGGGGCACAAGGACCUGGAUCAGCUUCAGGCCAAUCAGCAGCCUCUUGUCUUUUCCAUCGAGCUGCUGGAGGUUCUGCCUCCAGGAUCGUUCCAGCUUGACGUGUGGGCUAUGACAGACGAAGAGAAACUCAAGCUUGUGCCUGAUAUCCAUGAGGAGGGCAACAUGCUUUUCAAAAAGGGCCAAAUUAAGGAAGCCACAGAGAAGUACUACAAUGGCAUUGCCUGCCUCAAAAAUCUACAGAUGAAGGAGCACCCUGGGGACGAAGUAUGGGUGAAGUUGGACCAUAUGAUCACGCCACUGCUCCUCAACUACUGCCAGUGCAAGCUACUGCAGGGCCAGUACUACGAAGUCAUCGAACACUGCUCAUCCAUAGUCUUCAAAUAUGAGGACAAUGUGAAGGCCUACUACAAGCGAGCUAAGGCCCACGCUGCAGUGUGGAAUGAGGUAGAGGCACGAGCAGACUUUGAUAAGGUGUUGGACCUGGACCCCUCUCUGGGACCGUCUAUUGCCAAGGAGCUGAAAGUCAUGGAGGAGAAGAUCCGCACCAAAGAGAAAGAGGAAAAGGGUCGCUACAAAGACCUAUUUAACUACAACGCAACGCCAGCCACUGCCACUACAGGUUGAAUCCCACAGUGGGUUGGAACAAGAGGAAGCCUGUGAAUUUCAAGAAGGAGGAGAAACAGCGCUGACUGGUGUUUUAAGUUUUCAUCCAAGCCAAAAACUGUUGCCACUCUGCCCUCCAUGGAGCACGCAAAGAUAUUCUCCCAGGAGUCAGGUCAUACACACAAAGUCACGCAUAUAUACUCAGUUACAAUUUGCAUUCCUGCCUUACUCUCCAAGUAAUAUUCAGUCCUUGAUUAAGGCAGGCUGACGUUAUCAGCUUGACUUUAACGACAGUCCAACAUCCCAGAGACCCUUGGUAUGUACUAACCAACAGCAUCAUUAUUUUAGAGCGUCAUAGUUUCCAAUCCGUAGUAAAAAUAAAUGUCAACACUCUUGGGAAAUAACUCCCUCAGUAAUGGGCUAAUACCGACAGCGUGUUACCCUGAGCAACGUGUUUCACCGGAUUUGCUGCAGAGAUUAUUUUAUUUUUUAUUAAACAAGUAGUUUAAGCAUUUUAUGUUGUCUUGCUUUCUCUGAAAUAUGUGCAGAGCUGUUUGAUCAUCCUAAAAUUACUUGUAAUGUUAGAGAUUACAAUGUAUACCUGAUAGUAAACCAAGGAGUACCUUUUUGUGCACAAGGAACAUCGUGUACUCACAUGCACACCUUUGCCCUCCACGCCAGACCCCCUCUUUGAUCUUGGUAACAGCGGCGCACUGGAAUGAGCAGACCAUUCUCCUGGCAGAUGCGACUGGGAAACCAAGCUGUCUUGUGACAAUCAUUAUACUACAAACAUGGACUUGUCCCAUCUUUGCUUUCUCCUUUGUACUUAUUUUAUAUACAUAAUACCUAUACUAUCAUAUUGCUUUUGUCAAGCUGUACUCAACAAAGCCCUCACUAUCUCCUUCACUUGCUUAUAGAGCUACUCGUCACUCUUUUUGUGAAGCAGCUGGUUGUUAGGCCAACUUUUCUGAAGUGAGAUGUUAUUGAGGUUGUGAUUAUGUAAAUGACAAUAAAUGUUUAUCCCGUUUUGCAUUUUACUUAAAUGUGUUUGUGACAGGUUGUAUUGCAUCCUGGAGUAAAAGAUGUUCUAAAUUGUUUAAAAAUAAGUUAAAUUCAGAAUUGGCUCUUUUCACCACAGCCAUUUUGAUAUGUCAUAGCAAGGUAAACACAGGUGUAAUUGAUUAAAUUAAUUAUGAUCCCAUUCAAUUUAUUGUGUCUGAGCCGUUCCAAUGAGCCAGCAUGCACAGUUCUACAAACCUAAACGGACACAUUUGAUUUUAUUAGACACCUGUGCCCUGCAAAGACGCGUAAAAGUGGAUGCUGUGAAAAUGGGCCAAUAUUCAAAGCAUAUCUAGAAUUGGUGGAUUGCCUUCCGAUGUGGCCGUGGCGAAGCCGGCGGCUAGAAGCUGUUCAUGCAAACAACCACAACAGUGCCGAGCGCUUAGUGUCAACGGAAUUAUUAGCGGUAGCCCCUGUUUGAGCUGGCCAGUGAGUGCAGAGAGUCUCUGUCAAACAUUAACAAUAAAUAAAAACAUUUUGAUUGAA